AAAAGCGUAAAUUCAGAAAAAAUUGAACAUAGCGAUAUACAGUCAAUCAGAAAAGCCAUGUAUGACAAACGACGACAAAUAUACCCGGCUUUUCCAAAAUCUUUAAUUGAAUCAAUUGAACAACUCAAAAGUAUGCACAAUAAUGAUGUACUUAAAUUUAAAGGUGAACAAUUUAUUUUUGUACCCGAUAACAAAUUAUUCGUUUGUAUAACUACAGAACAAAAUCUAAGUUGUAUGAUUAAUUCAUCAGAUUUUUUUGUCGAUGGUACUUUUAAUUACGCGCCAAAACAUUAUAUUCAGCUCUAUACAAUUAAUUGUUUACAAUUUGGAUUUUAUAUACCCGUGGUUUAUUUUUUCUUGCCUCAUAAAUCUAAACAAACCUACAUUGACAUGUGGUUAUUUCUUCAAGAAUUAAGUGAAAAAUUAAUUUUCAAAAGACUUGUUAUUCAAAAGUUACUUUUAGACUUUGAGAUAAGUGCUCAUGAAGCAUGUAGAGAGAUGUUCCCAAAUGUAGAAAUUCAAGCAUGUCGAUUUCAUUUAGGGCAGUGUUGGUGGCGAAAAAUAAAUUCUGAACAGCGACUCCGAACAGCAUAUACAAAUGACGACGAGUUAGAAAAAUGGUUAAAGCUAUUUUUCGGGUUGCCAUUUCUAUCACCACAUGAAAUCGAAAAUGCAUUCAUUGAACUUGUAUCUAUAUGUCCUAACCUAGAUAUAGGAUUUUUAUUUUCUGAUUAUAUAUUGAAAACAUACGUAGAAGAUCACUGUUUAUUUCCACCGAAAAUUUGGGCUCAAGAGCCAUCGGAAAAUCCUCGUACAACAAAUGGAUCUGAGAAUUUCCAUAGAACAUAUAAUGCCCAGUUUCAGAGUCCACACCCUUCAGUUCAUUUGAUUAUAGCAGUUCUAAAGGAAACACAAGAAGAGACUUGCACGAAAAUAAAAACUGUGUCUAAAGGACUUCUACAAAAUGAUUUGUUAAGUCUCAAACUCCAAAUUUAG